AUGCAACCCGGCAACAUGAUGUCGUCGCCGUUGAAGAUACAUCCCGAGGAGGUUGCGGGCAAGGUGCUCAAGAGGGCUGAAAUCAGCAAGAUGGCCAGGAGACUGCAGAACCGCCUCGCUCUUGCCCAAUUCAAAACGAAGCAUGGGCUCGAAGACCUGACCCUCGAUAAGAUCGAGCCCAGGUUCGAGGACAGGAUACGACGCAACCGCUAUCCCGACGGUGACAUCUUGUCCGACUCCUCUUCAAGCGCAUCCGACCUCCCGUACCCCUCGAGAACAUUGAUGAGCUCCCCGCUCAAGGCGCCCAUCUUUUCCGAUGCUAUCAUGUCCAGCAAUGGCAGCACCGGUCACCGAAAGCGCACAUAUGUCCCAUCUUUUGAUCACACCAUGUCGAGUCCAAGCAAACGCUUUCGCCAAUCCCCCACCGCCCACAGAUCCUUCAGCCACCCCCUGUGGAAAGACUCUGAACACCAGCUCACUCAGUCAUCACCCAUGAAACCGAAGCGACAGCAACACUUCACCACCUCGGCCGGUCCCGAUCUGUCGUUUUAUGCAGGCUCCAAACAAAUCAGCGACGUUUACGUUUCUACAAACUAUGCCGCCAAUUCCGAUGACGAUGAUGACCUCCCCAUCCAAUCCUUCCAGGCCAGAAACAGCAUCCGCAUAUCACCACCCCGAACCCCACCAAUGCGCAGCCGCAGCCUCAUGAAGAAGCCCAGAGACAGGCAAUCAGCAGCGGACAAUGACAACGCGGUGAACAACAAGAUGGGCCAGGAAGGUGCCGACCUCUUGUUGUACCUCGCCGCCUCGCCCUCCCCGGCUCAACCCCGAACCAACAACCGGCUGAUGGAGCCCCCCUCCACUCCACCACCAAAGAAGAACAACUUGGCGCUUCCAUCCUCGAUGAUGACCACCCCGGGCGGAGGCAACCCCUUCCCCGCCACACCCGGCAUGAACGCCUUCAACUUUGAAGACUUUGUGCACAUGACGCCGAGCCCGGCGCAAAAGCCGUGGAAGACUCCGCUCGGAAUGGGCGGCAGGACGCCGGCGAGUGUGGCGAGGAGAAGGCUUACGUUUGAUGAUACGACUGCUUGA